AUGGAGUACAACAAAUUAAUUAGUACAAUAAAGGAAUAUGGACGUCUAGCCCACCCAAGAGUAGAGUUAUACGAAUUUUGUAAGCAGCAUGUCGAAAUGAUAAUCAAGUUUUUACCACAUACUGUGUUAUGUCGAGACUUUGGAGAAGCAAUAAACUGCAUUCUCAAUGGAUUUCCUGAUAAUGUGGAUUCGAAUUCGAAGAUAAAGGCGCAGAUUGUGGACCUUACUCUCCAGACUUUAAGGAAGCAGGCUGUAUCUCUGACUCACUGUAGUGAAAUGUGUGGCAGGAUAUGUGUGGAGUUCCCCAAGUUGUCUGUGGAUGAUGUGGUACGCUGGGCCAAUGAAAGCAUACAAUCCAUCAUCCAAGAUAAUGAUGUUAAUAUUACUUGGAAAUAUGUACUACCUGAGUGCUUUAAUACCUUGGGCGAGCAUAACACAAUCAAGCAUUGCGGCUCAGAUCUAACUGUUACGGAGUUCAAAGAUCAGUGCGUGCAGACUCUUUACCAGUGUAAGUGGCUGGAGAAACAACUUGUCCCACUGGCUGCCAUGUUCAAAUACAUACAAUUGUCGAGAAAUGACCACAAGAAGCUCGUGAACAAGUUUUGUUCGUAUUUCAACGACUUGCCACCAGAUGAUAUACCACCGCUACUGCAUCAGUUGCUCAGAUUAUGCCGAUUAUAUGACAUGGAGAUAGUACUGGCCCACAUUAACCACUACUUCAGCGUGCGCCUGUACACGAAGCUGGAGCCCCCGCCACAAGACUCCGAGUCCACCACUAUUGACUUAGAUGAUAUUACAUCCCACAGCUCAGAGGAGAUAAGUCGCUGUCUGUCGACCUGCAUGUUCCACUUCACGCGUGGUGCUGCAGACGCUGAGUUAAUUCGGAAGCACUUGAAGAGUUGGCCGAAGACACAGUUGUUAAGAUCCCCCUUCAUCAUAGACUUGGCCAUGGCAAUGUCAGAAAAAGGAGGUGAUUUCAAAACUGUGUGCUUAAAUUUAGUAAAGUCAGCGAUAGAGCAGCGCAUUAUGGACGACCUCCGUGCUCGGGAGUCCGCGUGGGUGCGCGCCGUACUACCGCCCGACGUCGACGUCGUCAGUCUACUCAAAGUUCUCACCACUGAGAGCCCGCCACACGAGAAGUCGACAGUAAUCGGCGCCAUCCAAGGAUGUGUAUAUACUGAAACACGGAGCCAAUUUGAACUUUAUUAUUGCCACAAGACAAACGUUAAGAACCACCGUCAGCUGACUGUAGCGGGUCUCAUCAACCUCGCGUUCCUAUUACUGUCGGUGUCGCGAGCGAAGCCGACGGCCACGGCAUGUUGGUCGCACGGCAAGCUCAUACUGGUGCGACUGAGCAAGGCACAGCCUGAGACCGCCCCCUUUAUACUACAACAGCUCACUGACAAACUCUGCACCGAGUCCGCGCUGAGGCAGUAUGCAGAAUGCCUGUACGUGCUUUGCAAGUUGACGCCUGUGUCAGUGGAGCGUUGUCCCCAACUGAGCAUGAUCUUAGAGAACUGCCAGCCGUCUCCAGCUGGAUACAAAGCACCUGCAGCCGUACUGGAUGCUGUACAUCCACUGUUCAACUUCAGUACCAGGAUCAGAGAUACGCUUGUCCUGGUGUGCCGAAAAGGACUUUAUUCCAGACAGUCCCCGCACCGUUGCCUGUCGGUGAGCGGGUUCCUGUCGGUGCUGCGCCACGUGCGCGUGAGUGCGUGCGGCGGUAGCUCGCAGGCCUACAGCGACCUGCACAGCGGACACUCCUACCUCUCGCAGCUCACUGUCGACCUGCAUACUACGCAAAACGGAAAUGCUGUUACCUCCCGAGUCCGCAACGAGGCGAUGUGUAUGGAAGUAGUAUCAAUACUGCGACGGUGUCUCGUACAAGACGCGCUCGUCAAACAACUACUGUAUUCACAAAUAUACGACUGUGCAAAAGACAAGCCGGUGUUACACGAGUCUAUUCUAGAGUUGUUACACGACCACCUGGUCAAGUACCUGCCUGAGGACGACACUGCUGGCUCCCUGCUCAUUGACAAGUGCGUGCAGAUCAACGGCGUUAAUGUUGUGUUGACUGAGCCCAUAGGCCAGCUCCUGUUUGCAGUGGCCCAGUUCCUCCAAACCACAGAGAUCGAGGACCUGGAGGACAUCCUGUCCAGCCAGACCGUGGAGACAGGCCAUGCUUACCUGAAGAGCAAGCUAAACAGGGUCAUGCAACAACUGUGUGAUGCUGACAGCUUCGUCGAUAUUGAUAUGGAAGAACCAAACCUCUCGGACCUGACGCCGGAAUCAAAGGCGAAGAGUUUGAAAGUCCAGCAGACGUUACAUUGUUACGAGGCCCUCAUAGCCCACACUAUCAUGCAGUGGACCCUCACCAGCGAUGACACGGCCAGCAAACUGUACAAGCUGUUCAAAGCAUGUAAUCAACUCCUGGAACAGACUAAGGUCCUACCAAAAUCAAGUAAGAAAGGCAACAAGUCUCUCAAUGAGACGCGUGAGACAGUGAAAUCGCAGAAGAGUCAGAAGUCACAGAAGUCGCAAAAGCAGAAGGGUAAAGCUCCUGUGAAGCUAUCUAACCUGGUGAAGGAUAAAGUCGGACCUUUUAAACCACUGCCGUGUCUAUGGGACACCAAGUUCUGUCAGAAAAUUAUUGAGUUGCUGUAUAGUGACGAAGUAAGCUGGGCAUCGUUAGAACAGCGCAACCAGAUCCGCGCUCGUCGUGACUUCCAUUCGUGGGCCCUGCGCUGCGUGCAGUCCGUGCUGGCCGGCGACAGCGUGGAUAAGAAGGCAGUCGCCACGCACGUCGUCAGGAUCGCCACGAUACUGUACAACAAGGCUGUUUGUAGGUUCCAAAACAUGUGUGGGUUCGACGACCAGGUAGCGCUAACAUGUCUGGAAGUGUUCAAGACAUGCCUCACCUUGUUGUUCUCUCCUCUCUACAUGCUCAAGAUGGAUUGCUUCUUAUCUAUUAUAACGGCUUCCAACGAGUCCGCGGCAGAAUGUUUAGCGACCAUUCUCGACAACGUCCACAGCGCACUGCAGCACAUAGAGGCGGACAGCGUGCCCGAUGAACGGGACCUCGUCGUCAAGAAGCAACUCGGACUACUCAUACAGAUAGCUGCCAUGCUGCUUGAGACGCCUACUGCUUCCUGCCCGCUGAAAACUAGGGUCCUAGUAAAGCUAGAAGACUACGUCCGCACGAGUACCCAGGACUGCCUGUCCCUGAUAGGCCCCCUACUGACGGCCAGCUGCAGUGAGCUCCAGGAGGCCGCGCUACUAGACGAGUUACUCGUCAAACUCGCCACUGUACUCGGGAGGAUCGAUGAAGAAGACACAUCAGCAGGGGAGGAGACAGAAAACUUCCAUUCGAUAGACUCCCGCACCGGCCACACUGUACUGGUCGCCGUCUGCACGCACCUGGCCGCGCGCGCCCGCGCCAUCGACCAUCUACUGGCGCGCGCCAGGGACCUUACUGGCGCCGCUGCACUGGCCGUGCAUACUGCGGACCAGAGGAUUCUACGAGAUCUAACGGAGAUCUACAAGUCGGUAGUGCUACAGCUGUGCCAGGUGUCGACGUGGACGGCGGCCUGCUGCAAGCUGCGCUGCAGCGUGGGCGCCGCCAGCGACAGGGUGCUGGCCGCCGCCGUGCGCCUGUACUCCAUGCUGGCCGCGCUCGUCAAGCAGAUAGACCCCGUGAUGGCGCAGACUGUACGUUUCGAGCGUCUCCUAAAACUUUGUGGUAAGAAGCUGUCUUCGGUGACGGACAAUCUGAUCACGUACUUAGAAGCCUCGCAGAACAAGGAGACUGCCACCAAGUUGCUUCGGGAAACUAAACUCAUACCGCGGCUUGUGCUUGAAGCCGAGCUGUUUUCUAAGCGGGUCAUCAUGCUCUCUACUAAGGCUAAGUUAAACUGGCAGCAGUACUUAUCCCUGGGUACUGCCCGCGACUUCAGGAUCAAGGCUCCCGUGUUACAAGAAGUACUGAACGCGCAGGAACAAGCUGAUGAAACUAGAGAAGAAGAUGAAGACAUCAAUGAUGCCGAGACUGAUAUUAUAGAGGCAGCUGCUAGCGACGCAGAGCAAGAGGAAAGUGAUGAUGAGGCUUCGAAGAGUAGGAAGCGUAGAAGAAUUUCCUAG